CCCAGUCUUGAACGUCAACAGGCUGCAGUCUUCGAUGACACUGAUCGAAGGUCGAGGUGUCGAAACAAGAAUUCACGGUCCUUAUUUUCUGAGCAAUGUCGUUCCUAAAGCUUGGGGGCUUGCAUGUGUUCGUAACGGGCGCAGCAGGUGGCAUUGGCAGCGCGAUUGUGGAGGAGUUUCUGGCGCAAGGCUGCAAAGUGACAGCUCACGACAUCAGCCCAAAUCCCCUGUCGUCAACCACCAAUGCCAACCUCAAUUGCCUUCAAGGCGACAUCAGCGAUGAAGACUCGAUAGAAGAGUGCAUGGCCCAGGCAAUAAAAGGUUUCGGACAACCCAUCAACAUCCUCUGCGCCAAUGCCGGCAUCACCGACGAAUCAAAUGACUAUCCCAUCUGGGACAUGCCAACGACUCUUUGGGACCGCACAUACGCUGUCAACGUCCGUGGCACCUUUUUAACCAUCAAGCACUUCCUCAAAUCCGUGGAGAGAGCGCAGCGUCACACUGGAAAAGAAAUCGAUAACGUGAGUGUCGUUGUGACUGGAUCCGAGUGCGGUGUAUUUGGGCAAGCUGGACAUGUGGAAUAUGCAUCCGGAAAGGCGGGUCUUCAAUAUGGCUUAGUGAAGACUGUCAAGAACGAGAUUGUAAGGCUGAAUGGGAAGGCGAGGAUUAACGCUGUGGCACCUGGAUGGGUUGAUACGAAGCUCAUUGAGGGACGGUUGGAUAAUCCACGGGAGAUGUGGAGGGAGGCGGAAGCUACUGUUCCGCUGAGGAAGAUUGCGCAGCCGACUGACGUCGCGAGAGCAGCGGCGUUUCUCGCAAGUCACCGAGCAGCCGGCCAUAUUUCAGGACAGUGUAUUUCGGUAGACGGAGGCAUGGAGGGACGGAUCGUGUGGUCUGAAGAUGAGAUCAAAAAGUCACAGCAAACGGAAAUUGAAGUCGUCGCACCACCGUUAGGGAGCGCUCCAAGUGAAGUCUUUGGAACUGCCACGGAGGGAGUAUCAAUACCCGGCAAUAGUCAGCCGUCCGUGAUCAUCCCAGCAGUCCUCCCAUCGACCACCGCUCCAGUCAGGCCCAAGAUCAAGAUCCUUAUCUCUGUGGAUUUUGACGCUGUGUCAGGAUGGUUAGGCACUGGCCAACAUCCCGACAACAACCUCGCAGACUACAGCUCCGGAUUUUUCUCCGCACAUGUCGGUGUCCCACGCCUACUGAAGCUCUUCAAGAAGCUCGGCAUCCAGGACAAAGUGACCUGGUUUGUACCCAUGCACUCGGCAGAAAGCUUUCCAGAAGAGUUCACCAGCAUCGCGAACAGCGGUGCAGAGAUUGGACUCCACGGCUAUUGUCAUGAAGGCGCACCACAACUUACACCUACCCAAGAGCGCGAUGUUCUUCAGCACUGUAUCUCCCUGUAUCAAGAGCUGCUCGGCCGCCGACCGCUCGGCUACCGCGCUCCGCUCUACCAACUCCGUGAAUCCACCGUUGAGUUGCUUGAAGAGUACGCUUUCCUCUAUGACUCCUCGCUCUCCCACCACGACAGCAAGCCUUACUAUAUACCCGCUCUCCCACCCAUCAAAACUCCAACAUACAACGCAGAUGCAUCAGCGAAAGACUGGAUGAAGCCCCUACCCAAGCCCAGCACCCCAACAAGCAAGACGAUGGUGGAAAUACCAGCGAACUGGUAUACGGAAGACAUGACGCCUUUGCAGUUUUGGCCGCAUACGACGAAUUCGCAGGGAUACGUUGAUGCGAGAGUCAUAGAGAACAUGUGGAAAGACAAGUUUGAGUGGUUGAGGAGUGAGGUGGAAGAGAUGGGUAACACAGACGUUAUGGUUUUCCCGUUGGUCCUACAUCCAGACACGAGUGGAAUGGCACAUGUCAUAGGGAUGGUGGAGAGGGUGCUCAAGUGGUUGCAAGGGUGGGGCGAUGGUGAGGUCGAUUUUUGUACCUAUGAGACCGCUGCGGGUGAGUGGAAGGAGAAGAACAAGGUGGGGUGAUGAGACUCAGAAAUAUGCUUCUGGUUGAUUUUCAGUGCAACCACAGGCUACGGUAGCCUGAACUACUAUGAGACAUUUCAAUGAAGCAAAUAUACAUAUUUGAAUAGAGCCAGG